AUGCCGCACACACCGCCAAUGCGAGUUGCGAAAGCAGGAAGAACACAGCGCGUGACGUUCGCCGGCGUCUUGCUUUGCAUGAUCGCGGUGUCGACCACGGUUUUCUGCGUGCACCACCAGUUCACUGCCACGCCUCGCCAUGACGUGUCACUCCGCCACCCCGACUGCAGCUACGUGACGAGUGCCUUCGCCGAGCAGUACGAGGCCAUGGCUCAACGCCCGCCGUCCGCGCCUCUCCAAGCUCUGCGACGGAGCGCGGCGUCCGACCCGAUGGCGCAGCGGUCCUGGGCCGACUGUCUUCCUAUGCGCACGGUGGUUUGCGGCGUCGCUGCUGGCUCUCAAGACACGCUCUUCACGCAGUCGCCGCCGUGUCGGUCUGCGGUUGUCCAUCACUUGCUCGUUGCGACAAUGGCCGCCAUCGAAGCACAAGGUCAUGUCGCGGUGCCCAUUGGUCCAGCGCUGCAGCACCUCCUAGAAUAUUUCACCCUGCCCCCCGACGGCACCUCGAUCGAUGUGCUCACCGACGCCGCAAUCGGGAACCUCGCGUCGUGGUUUUGGGUGCGCGGCUUUGCCCACUUUGAGGACAACGCGACCGGUGCCAGCGUCACGUGCUUGGCACCGCAUCACACCCUCGCCACCAUUCUCUUUGGUGACGACGCUCCGGAUGCAACGCCACCGCAUCUGCGAUGGUCGACCAUGCAAGCAUUCGACGACCGGAUCGUCCUUGCAUCGGAGAAAAGCCAUCCGUACCGACGUGUGGAGAUGGCGCCGCUGGGCUGUUUGCCGCUCUAUGACGUAUCGAUCGCGGUACCGUCGCACCCAACAGCGUUUGUCAAGACACCACGGAGCAUGCGACAGCACGACGUCGACAUCCCGGGGCCGAGCUCGCGAUGUAAAGCACUCUGCGACGACAGCACGCCGCGCGUUCAAACACACAGCGUACUCAACGCAUCGCGGUGCUCGGCGCGUCACGACACCGAGUUCAGUGCCCGAUUAGCAACGUACACGCGUCACCCUCAGCGCCUGCACCUCACCGAGGACCACGCUCCGUCGCUCACUGUCUUGACAGACCACGUGAGUGACGGCAAAGUGUGGCAGUACUGCCUACCAAUGCUACCGCAACAGUGCGGCGCCCGGCGCGGUACCAAGACGACGCUUUUUGAGACGCCACCGGGCAAGCCUUGUCGAUCCGCCGUGCUGCAGCUACUGCUCGAGAGCAUACUUGAGCUUACUCACGAGCUCGACUUACCAUCGUUUGUAUAUUUUGGCACCCUUCUAGGGGCGUGGCGUGACGAGGCCAUCAUCCCCCAUACACCGGACGUGGAUGUCGCCCUGCCCUCCGAGACCGACUGGACAGCGCUGCAGGACGCAAUGUGGGCACGCGGUGUCUAUGUCUUCAAGCGCGACAUUCAUAGCGCCUGCAUCGCGCCGCAUCACCCCCUCGCAGCGCUUUUAUACUCACCCACGGCAAGUGCAACCUCAUGA